AUGAGAAGCAAAUUUGGGAGUUUGAAAGCGUUCUUACGAAAGAAGUCUAACAAAAUGUUCAAUCUAUACCAACACAUGAAGUCCAACAAUGAAGACAAGGAGCAAAAGGAGCCAGAGACCACUGGGCACGACAGGUUCUAUCAAGAACGUCCGAGGACCAGCUAUAGGAAGAAGAAACGCCGCGGCGCCUGUAGACGGGCCCAAUCUGCAGCCGAACUCAACCCUGAAUCCAUUGCGGCUGCUAAUAAAAGGAAUGCGUUUCGUAUACGCUCCGUGUCCACAGAUAGAGAAGAAAGUGAAGAAGAGAAUUCUGAGCGUGCACCACUCGUGGCGCAGAAGAUAGACUCCCUGGCGAAAUUGCUGUUCAACAAAUCCCUUAUUGGCACGGGCUCUGGUAAAUCAUCUCCAUCAGAACCGACAGCUUCGCCAAGAGCUGGCGAUCGUUCUAUGGAAAAUUCGGCUGCUCUAGCAAUAUGUACAGAAUAUUUGUCACAAUCUUCAAGAUAUGCUUUAAUUUCUCAGCUCGGAGCGAUUGGGUCACGACCGAAUAAACAUUGGUUUGCUAUCCACGACAAUUCCAUUAAAACUGACAGACUGCUAACCCUGAUGCCUCUAACAAAUAAAUGCCCGAUAGAACAGGGCGACCGUUCUAAAGGCCUGAUAAUGGAAUUAUUUCGGGCCCUCCACCAUCCAUAUAUAUAUCCAGUACUUGACCUGGAGAUGUGCAAUGGACACGCUCUGACCGUCUUACCAUUUAAUGCCAGAGGGAGUCUGAAAGAUCUUAUUUAUAAGAGUACUUGGAAUGACGAGUACGCCCGCAAGUGCGGCUCGGUGGGCACGGGGCUCCCGGCGUGGCAGGUGGCGAGGUUUGGGCGACAGAUGCUGGAAGGCCUCCUCUUUCUAAAGGAGAAGGGUUUUCCGCCCUUCCGACAUCUACACUCGGGCAACGUUGUCGUGCAGAACGGGGUUGCGCGUAUAUGUGGAUUGGAGAACACGUUGAUCGGAGCCCUCCCGCGGUGUCCCAUAGCGUUGGCCGCCCAGCUGGAGGUCGUAGAGGCUCUGUCCCUCGGACACGUGCUGUUUGAGAUGUGUGCCGGCACUGAGAUCGACCUCGCUCUAUUGCCCGAUCUCACGCCGACGUAUCCGAAUGUCGUCGAGAUCAUCGAACAGAUUUUCGGUCCGCGGACCCCGACGCUGCACGAGCUGCUCCUCUGCGAGCUGUUCCGGAAGAUCGACCUUCGCGAGAUGAAGGGAUCGUGCUUACCGAACUUCAGCCAGCGUUUGUCCCGGUCGUGCCUCUCGCUGCUGGGCGAGGUGGCGCGGCGACAGCCCGGGGCCGCGCGCCGCUCCCGCCCCGCCUCCCCCGCCUCACCCGCCACCCCCGCCACCCCGCCGGCCAGACGGAGGCAUUUUCCCGUUGAGCAAGACUUCGCUGAAGAGUGGCAGUGGUGAUCAGAAACUUAAUUGGAUAAUUUUGUUUUUUUUAUUCUUUCAUUGGAGCA